CUGCAGCACUCGGCGGCCAUGGGACGACCUGCCGCCGACUUUGUGGGCUCGCUGCCAGGGCUGGGCUUGCUGUUGUGCGGCCUCGGGUGCCUCGCGAGCGCCGAGCUGCGGGCCCCUCCCGACAGGAUCGCAAUUAUCGGAGCUGGAAUUGGUGGCACCUCAUCGGCCUAUUAUCUUCGGCAGAAAUUUGGGAAAGAUGUGAAGAUUGAUGUGUUUGAAAGAGAUGAGGUGGGGGGCCGCCUGGCCACCUUGAAGGUGCAAGGUGAAGAUUAUGAAGCAGGAGGAUCCGUUAUCCAUCCUCUAAAUCUGCACAUGAAGCGUUUUGUCAAAGAGCUGGGUCUCUCCACUAUUCCAGUGUCAGGUGGCCUUGUGGGGAUCUACAAUGGACAGACUCUGGUGUUCGAGGAGAGCAGCUGGUUCAUCAUCAACAUGAUUAAACUGGUGUGGCGCUAUGGAUUCCAGUCCCUCCGAAUGCACAUGUGGGUGGAAGACCUGCUAGAUAAGUUCAUGAGGAUUUAUCGCUACCAGUCCCAUGAUUAUGCCUUCAGCAGUGUAGAAAAAUUACUGUAUGCUGUUGGGGGGGUUGACUACGUUGGACUACUAAAUCACACUCUUCGUGAAAAUCUGCAGAAAGCAGGCUUCUCUGAGAAAUUCCUCAAUGAGAUGGUUGCUCCUAUCAUGAGGGUCAAUUAUGGUCAAAGUACUGAUCUCAAUGCAUUUGUGGGAGCAGUAUCAAUGACAGCUGCUGAUUCCAAUCUUUGGGCAGUGCAAGGUGGCAAUAAAGUUGUUUGCUCACGGCUCCUUCAGGCUUCCAAAGGCAAUCUUAUAUCUGGCUCAGUACUAUCCAUAGAAGAGAAAAUGAAGAACAAGCAGACAGGAAAUCCCACAAAGAUGUAUGAAGUAGUUUAUCAGAUGGGAUCUGAAACCCAUUCAGACUUCUAUGACAUUGUUUUCGUGGCUACUCCAUUGAAUCCAGAAAUGUCCACCAUUACUUUCCUUAACUUUAAUCCUCCAAUUGAGGAGUUCCGUGAGCAGUACCAACAGCUAGUGACCACUUUCGUUAAAGGAGAACUGAAUUCAACUCUCUUUAGCUCCAGAGCCAAGGAUCAGUUUGGCCUGUCUACAAUCUUAAUCACUGAUAAUGCAAAUAUGUUUAUUAACAGUCUUGGGAUUGUGUCCUCUGUAAGGAAAAAGGAAAACCCUGCAUCGUCACCAGAUGGUAUACAUGUUUGGAAAACCUUUUCUAGGGAAGUUCUUACCAAAGAGCAAAUUUCCAGGCUCUUUUUGACCUAUGAUUAUGCUGUGCGAAAGCUGUGGCGGUCGUAUCCUUACUACAAACCCCCACAGAGGUGCCCCUCCAUCGUCCUCCAUGACCAACUCUAUUAUCUCAAUGGCAUAGAGUUUGCAGCCAGUGCUAUGGAGAUGAGUGCCAUUGCAGGCUACAAUGCUGCCCUCCUUGCCUAUCACCGCUGGAAUGGGCACACAAACAUGAUUGACCAGGAUGACCUGUAUGAGAAGCUUAAAACAGAGCUGUGACUUACCACCAUCCCUUUCCUGUCCUGGUUCCUGAUCAGUACCACAGACAAAGAACAAAUUCUGAGCAGAGAUGGUUUUGAAUCAGAUAAUGAUCGUUGUUUAACGGAGUAGUCCCAUGGGUCAUGACAAAGUAUAACAUUCAGUGGAUGAUUCUUGCUCUCUUCAACCAUAUCCAAAAUUUCUUAGCUAUUCUUUAAUAUUUUUGGCGCUAUUGCCUAAACUUGUCUGUAAGCAUCACCUAGAAUUUGAUAAAUGUCUGGAUCCUCAAGCUUCA